GCACACAGAAGAGGAAGGUCUGCUCUUCGUACCAAACACACGAUUAGCUUGGCCACCAUGGAGGCUAACCACAGCGGCACGUUUGAGAGCGCACAAAAAGAGGUUUACGAGGUGGCAGUGCAUGACAACAACGCCGCUGGCAACCACAGCUCCCAGUUUGCAGACGUGGCCUUGCUGCAGACGUUCAAGCCCCUCAUCAUCCCCUGCUACAUACUAGUGUUGCUGGUGGGUGUCUUUGGAAACUACCUGCUCCUGUACAUCAUCUGCAGAACGCGCAAGAUGCACAACGUCACCAACUUCUUCAUCGGCAACUUGGCCUUUUCGGACAUGCUUAUGUGUGUCACGUGCGUGCCCUUUACCCUUGCCUACGCCCUCAACCCUCACGGCUGGGUCUUCGGACGCUUUGUUUGCUACCUGGUGUUCCUCAUCCAGCCUGUGACGGUCUACGUGUCAGUCUUCACGCUCACGGCCAUUGCUGUGGACAGAUACUACGCAACAGUGCACCCCCUAAAAAAGCGCACCUCUGUGGCCACCUGUGCAUUCGUCCUGGCUGGAAUCUGGCUGAUGUCCUGCGGCCUGGUCGCUCCUGCGGUGAGCCACACCUACCACGUGGAGUUUAAAGAGGAGGGCUUCACCAUUUGUGAAGAGUUCUGGUUGGACCAAGAGAAGGAGCGACGGGUCUAUGCAUACAGCACCCUGCUCAUCACCUACGUCCUACCCCUGUCCGCCGUCUUUGUGUCCUACUUGUGCAUCACGGUCAAACUGAAGAAGUGCAUCGCCCCUGGUCACAGGACGCAGGAGAGGGCCACUGCCCACCAAGCCCGUAAGAGGAAGAUCUUCCGCUUGGUGGCCCUCCUUGUAUCAGCCUUCGCCGCAUGCUGGCUCCCUAUUCACGUUUUCAACAUGCUACGGGACGUAGACAUCACGCUCAUCAACAAGCGCUUUUUCUUGCUCAUACAGCUGCUUUGCCACCUGUGUGCCAUGAGCUCCUCCUGCUGCAACCCCUUCCUGUACGCGUGGCUGCACGACCGAUUUCGAGCGGAGCUGAGGAAGAUGCUCAGGUGCCACCGCCGUAUUGGAGCACCGGUCAAUCACUGUACCGCAGGUGUUGUCUUGUAAAGGCGUGACAACAAAGAAUGUCAUUCUUUCAGAAUUAUUUGAAUCAUAAAGAUGAUCAUCACAAAUGUGUCAUGUGACCACAAUGUGAGAAACAAAAAAAAACCCAUUCCUUUACUGUUAUUGGUCGAGGGGGAAGUUAGCCUUGAGCAGGGGUGUAACUGUUCAUGUAUUUGUAUACGUUUACGUAUACGUAUACGUUGUAUACAGAACAUUCGUUAUGGUACAGAGGCAUGCAUUGGUUGAGGGACAGGAAGUGUAACUGCCUCGUCACAUGUCUACUCUGUAAACAAAUAAAGUGCAGCCCAGCCUUUGGCUAGCAGGAAUCGUAGCCAAGAAGAAGCCAGAGCUUGAAAACCCUCUUCCGUUGCUAAAAUAUCCUGUUUGGGGACACUUGGCCUUCCCGGUAAAAUUAUACCAAAAAAGAAGACGAAACCAGUGUGCCGCUAUUGUUGAAAAGAGAUGG